AUGUCUCUUCUUGAACAGUACCGCCCACCCGGCCGCAGCAACCGCUCUGGCCGGUCGCAAGCUGAUAACGACGUGUUCGAAGGACUGCCGGUUAAACAAUGGAACCAGUCAUUCUCACGGGUAUCUCUUGCGCCUCCAGUGUCAGAAAGCCAGAAUCCGGAGGACCAGAAAUGGGCUGAUCCACCUAUGCCACGUGACUAUCAAUUACUCAAUCCUUGGACCCAGCAGCUCCUUCGUCUGGCUCGAUCUGGCAAAGUCGGAACCAAGCGAAAACAAGACCCAGAUGCCGUUGACGACGACAAGCCCGAAGACGAAGUUGCUGAGGAAGCUUCCAAGAAUCACGUCGAUGAGCGAGGAUACAUCGCAAAGAAAUGGCGACAAGUUCCCGAGCAUCUCUUAGAACCAGAGCACAAGCAUUUCGAAUUCCUUGCCAAGCGAAGGAGAGGACUUCCAAGUCUGUACGGCCCUGAAGUACAAAACGGGGCUAACAUUGCCAUGCGUAAAACCAAAGUACAGAGGACGGGCGCAGAUGGAGAAGUUGCGGUCUACGAAGUGCUGGUUCCAGAAGGGCAGGCUAUCGAGGGCGAGGUCGCCGAAUCCACCGAACUGGCAGAAGUCAAGCCGGUUGUAGCAGCGCCUGGCACAGCUAUCGAAGGCCUGGGAAUCGCAAACGAAGAGGGUGUGCUUGUCGCGGAACACCUCAAACCGGCCGUCGCUCCUCGAAGGAAUAGGCCUCCUCCGAAGAAGAAAGGUGGACCGGGACGAGGCAAGAAGCGCGUCACGUUCACCAAUCCAGAUGGAAGCACGUACACGACUGUUGUGCCAAACGCUACUAAGAUUGUUCCUCAACCCGGCCAGACAGUUAAGCACGUGGCCAAAGGAGAGGAAGCUAGUGCGGAUGUCACCGCGGAGCAGGCUGCAGCACAUCAAACACCUAAUCCUGAAGGCGAAGAGGGUUCGGGUAGCGAUGAUGGAGAGGAUGAUGGCGACGAUGACGACGAUAGAGAGGAAGGCGAGCUCUCAGAGGACGAUGCGCCUGGGACUGGAGUCGACACGCCGGCGAAGCCAAAUACACCUGCCAAAACGGCGACACCAGCACCUCCAGCACAGGUUGACGAAUCAGACCCGAUGGAAGAUGUCAAGCCCACUGAUCCUGCGCCGGCAGAGCCAACAGAGGCUGCGAAGGAGGAUGAGCCCAAGGCAGAAAAUGUCACUGGCGAGACAGAGCUUUCUGCCGCAGAGACGGAGCCUGUUGUCGAAGAUAAAAAGGACGCAUCAGAAGAACCGUCGUCCGUUGAGCCGCAAGCAGACGAACAACCUUCAGAGCCUGCACCUGCUCCUGAACCAGUAUCAGCACCAACAGAAGAUGUUGAGAUACGAGACGCUUCGAGUUCUCCAGAGCUUCCCCUGGCCAAGACAAGCCACAGCAGAAGCGGGUCAUUGGCAGAUCCUCCGCCAGUGUCUUUGGAUGAGCAUGCCCCACCACCAGAAUCAGAGCCUGCAGAGGAAGCUAACGUAGAAGCGGUGGCUGAGGCUGAGGUAGACACCGAGGAAGCAAAAGAAGCGGAGGCGCCCAAAGAACCUAGGCCUGCUGCUGUUGAGGAGCCCACGCCUGCUGCUACUGAGGAGCCCGAGAAAGCUGACGACGGCGAGGACGAUUUGCUAGGAAACCUCGAGAAGCAUCUCGGGGGAGAAAAGGAGGAUGAAGACGCUUAG